ACUCUUUUCGUUUAUAUGUAUGUGUGUAUAUAUGUAUGUGUAUAUAUAUAUAAUAUAUAUAUAAGGCGGUACAUAAGGGAAAAGACACGACGACGACAUGACGACGAGGAUGAGGACAGUUGUUCACGUAAAGGGCGUUUACAGUACGUCCUAGAGGGAGCCAAGUGUAUUCCUAACCAUAGCCGUAGCACGAAAUAUCGACCGAGGAACUGCAUCCCAGCUUGCACGAUAUGUGUAUACAUAGUGUAUAUAUGUCUGUAUGUGUGUCCUUCGAGCCGGUGCGCUCAGGAUGGAUAUCGACACCAACAGGCGUCAGGAGUAACCGUGGCGGACGUCUGCAAGACGACGUACGAAGAAAUAAAGAAGGACAAAAAGCACCGAUACGUGAUCUUUUACAUCAAAGAUGAAAAACAGAUCGAUGUGGAAGUCAUUGGACCUCGUGACGCGGCCUACGAUGCUUUCCUCGAAGACUUGCAGAAAGGUGGAAGCGGCGAAUGUCGUUAUGGUCUAUUCGACUUUGAAUAUACCCACCAGUGUCAGGGUACUUCUGAAGCUUCCAAAAAACAGAAACUCUUCUUGAUGUCGUGGUGUCCUGACACGGCCAAAGUUAAGAAGAAGAUGUUGUACUCGAGUUCGUUCGACGCUUUGAAGAAGUCCUUAGUAGGUGUGCAAAAGUAUAUACAGGCGACAGACCUUUCGGAGGCUUCUGAAGAAGCUGUCGAAGAGAAGCUUCGAGCUACCGAUAGGAAUUAGGAAUAAUAAUUCCUAAAGUGUGAGUUCAAAACAAUCACUGCAAUUGAGAGAAAUCAAGCGAUAAAAGAAAAACACAAUCUCCCUUCCCUAAACAAAAACAAAACAAUUAAAAAGAAAAAAAAAAGAAAAGAAAAAAUAAGUCAACAUCAAGCAGCAGCAGCAGCAGCAGCAGCAGCAACACUAGUAUCAGUAGCAGCAGCAGCAGCAGCAGCAGCAGCAGCAGCAGCAGCAUCGUCAUCAUCAGCAGCAGCUGCAGCAGCAGCAGCAGCAACAACAACAGCAACAACAACAACAACAAUAACAACAACAGUACAGUACAGACGCUCAAAUGUCGUCGAAUGUUUGCGCUAAAGCACGUACUGCUUAUUACGUGUGUUUUAGUCAUCGUGUGAAAGAGCGUAAAUAUUUAACAUAAACGAGAAUCUAAAAUUCAAAAGGAAAAAAAGAAAAAAAGAAUAAUAUUAAAAAAAUGAAAUAAAAAGAAAAAAAAAGGAAAAAAAAAAAUCUAAAAAAGAACAAAGGAAAAGAAAAAGAAAAAAAAAAUUCGCCCUUUUCGUACUACUGCGGACGGUUGUGUGAAUUUCUCUGAUAUGAUAAUAUUAAUAUUAUACUAUUAUUAUAAUAAUAAUUGUAAGGUAAUCGCUGUAAAAGAAUAAGAACAGUUUACAACCAACAGUCAACAACAAGCAGUAAGGAUGGAAGCAUUACAUUUUUGUCACAGGAUGUAUAAUGUUUAAAUUAAAUUCAUUUCAUAAUGA